AUGGGUGGUGGCUGCAAUUGCUCUAAGCUCGGCGCCGAGAGCAACGCCUGCGACAUCCGCAGCGGGCAGUGUCGCUGCAGACCGCAUGUCAUCGGGCGCGCUUGCGACACCUGCGAGUGCAAGUGCAAGGCGGGCUGGGUUGGGGUGGAGUGCGAACGCUGCGCCCCGGGCCACUUCGGGCCGCGCUGCCGGCCCUGUCUGUGCGACGAGGCCGGCACCAGGGACUGCACAUUCGGUCUGUCGGCCGCGAAUCCAUCCGGCUGUACCGCGUGCUUCUGCUUCGGCCGCGCGGCGCACUGCACGCAGGCAGCUCUUACGCGCGCCGCGCUGCACGCUGCCCGCGCGCACCACGUCACCGUCAUACCGGCCGCCAGGAAUGUGUCCGCCGCCCUCACGCACCACGUCACCGUCAUACCGGCCGCCAGGAAUGUGUCCGUGAGUCUCCCUCACACUACAACACUCGCGUCAUAUCUAACUUCCACUCGCUCACACUGCACGCAGGCCGCCCUCACGCACCACGUCACCACCAUACCGACCGCUAGAAAUGUGUCCGCCGCCCUCACGCACCACGUCCCCGCCAUACCGACCGCCAGGAAUGUGUCCGCCGCCCUCACGCACCACGUCCCCGCCAUACCGGCCGCCAGGAAUAUGUCCGUGAGUCUCCCUCACACUACAACACUCGUGUCAUAUCUACCAUCCACUCGCCCACACUGCACGCAGGCCGCCCUCACGCACCAGGUUACCGUCAUACCGGCCGCCAGGAAUGUGUCCGUGAGUCUCCCUCACACUACAACACUCGCGUCAUAUCUAACUUCCACUCGCUCACACUGCACGCAGGCCGCCCUCACGCACCACGUCACCACCAUACCGACCGCUAGGAAUGUGUCCGCCGCCCUCACGCACCACGUCCCCGCCAUACCGACCGCCAGGAAUGUGUCCGCCGCCCUCACGCACCACGUCCCCGCCAUACCGGCCGCCAGGAAUAUGUCCGUGAGUCUCCCUCACACUACAACACUCGUGUCAUAUCUACCAUCCACUCGCCCACACUGCACGCAGGCCGCCCUCACGCACCAGGUUACCGUCAUACCGGCCGCCAGGAAUGUGUCCGUGAGUCUCCCUCACACUACAACACUCGCGUCAUAUCUACCUUCCACUCGCUCACACUGCACGCAGGCCGCCCUCACGCAGCAAGUCACCACCAUACCGACCGCUAGGAAUGUGUCCACGGCACACUGCACGCAGGCCGCCCUCACGCACCACGUCCCCGCCAUACCGGCCGCCAGGAAUAUGUCCGUGAGUCUCCCUCACACUACAACACUCGCGUCAUAUCUACCAUCCACUCGCUCACACUGCACGCAGGCCGCCCUCAUGCACCACGUCACCGCCAUACCGACCGCUAGGAACGUGUUCGUGAGUCUCCAUGGCACUACAACACUCGCGUCAUAUCUACCAUCCACUUACUCACACUGCACGCAGACCGCCCUCACGCACCACGUCACCGCCAUACCGACCGCUAGGAAUGUGUCCGUGAGUCUCCCUCACACUACAACACUCGCGUCAUAUCUACCAUCCACUCGCUCACACUGCACGCAGGUCGCCCUCACGCACCACGUCACCGCCAUACCUACCGCUAGGAACGUGUCCGAACGUGUCCGUGAGUCUCCGUGGCACUACAACACUCGCGUCAUAUCUACCAUCCACUCGCUCAUACGGCACACUGCACGCAGACCGCCCUCACGCACCACGUCACCGCCAUACCGACCGCUAGGAACGUGUCCGCGAGUCUCCAUGGCACUACAACAUUCGCGUCAUAUCUACCAUCCACUCGCUCAUACGGCACACUGCACGCAGACCGCCCUCACGCACCACGUCACCGUCAUACCGGCCGCCAGGAAUGUGUCCGUGAGUCUCCGUGGCACUACAACACUCGCGUCAUAUCUACCAUCCACUCGCUCACACUGCACGCAGGCCGCCCUCACGCACCACGGUACCGCCAUACCGACCGCUAGGAACGUGUCCGUGAGCAUUCCUCCCACUACAACACUCGCGUCAUAUCUACCAUCCACUCGCUCACACUGCACGCAGGCCGCCCUUACGCACCACGUCACCGCCAUACCGACCGCUAGGAACGUGUCCGUGGAUGAAGACUCGUUGAUAGCGAUUCCUAUAGAACGAGUGGACUCCACGAUAGCCGUACCGUACCCCCCCAUCCCUGUAUACGUGGAGCUGGACAAGCGAUUCCUGGGGGACCGAGUGACGUCAUACGGCGGCUCGCUGCGGUUCACCGUGGAAGAGGAAGGGGGGGAGGAGAUGCCCCCGCAAAGACUGGCUUCCUUCCCUCUCGUGAGGCUCGAGGGGAAUGGCAUCGAGCUGAACCAUUAUCAGCUGGGGAUUACUCAGGCACCCCUCAGCGUCAAAAUCUCCUCACACCAGCAGCAAUCCUUGUACACUAAAGUUCUGUCUCACAGGCAGCCAACGCUGAUCGCCACGCCUCCCUUACGCAACAACGGCACGCACACGGUGCGCUUCCACGAGUCCCUCUGGGAACUGGGCGGCUUGGCUGGGGCGGGGAGACGAGCGGGGCCGGGGCGGGCGGGGCUCAUGGCGGCGCUGCAGCGCGUCGACAGGCUGCUGCUGCGGCUCACUACCCGCGCGCCGCUGGCCCGCGACCACGUGCACGCGCUGUCAGUAUCAUGA